AACCUCGCCCGUUAUUUCCAGACCUAAAAUAGGUACUAUACUUCAAUAGUGUUUAACUUGUAAGUGCAGUCAUCUACAAUGAAAAAAGGGCUUCAAUGUGUGAGAAAGUUUACUACAAAACCUCAACUUCCUGAAUGCGAUUUUACUCCAAAACCCUAUAAGGGUCUUUCUUACGAUGAAAUAACACAAAUUAGGAAGAAAAAUUUGAAUCCAGCUUUGACGACAUACUACAGUAAACCCCUGGCUUUGCAUCAGGGGUAUAAACAAUGGCUGUUUGACAUACAUGGUAGAAGAUACUUGGACAUGUUUGCCGGUGUGUGUACAGUAUCAGUUGGGCAUUGCCAUCCAAGAAUUACUAAAGCAGUAACUGAACAAAUGGAGAUAUUAGGACAUUCAACAAAUAUUUAUUAUCAUACAAAAGUGCACGAAUACGCAAAGAAGUUGGCAGACAGUUUACCUGGAGAUUUGAAGUGCAUUUACUUCGUAAAUAGUGGAUCAGAGGCGAAUGAUCUUGCGCUGUUGAUGGCCAGGUCGUAUACAGGGCGAAGCGAUGUUGUGUCAUUGAAAAAUUGCUACCAUGGAAUGACUUACCAGACAAUGGGAUUGACAUGUAACAAUUAUUAUAAAUAUCCUGUUCCUGGGGCAGCAGGAAUGUUCAAAACUCACAACCCAGACAUAUACAACGGCAUUUGGGGUGGAAACAAAUGCCGUGACAGUCCCAUUCAGACAGACAGACCGUGCUCUUGUUCGGGAGCCUGUGAAGCUGGUUUAAAGUACGUCGAUCAGUUUGUAGAAGAAUUGAAUUUCAACAUUCCUAAAAACGGCCUAGCGGCAUUCUGGGCCGAGUCUAUUCAAGGGGUAGGAGGAGCCGUGCAAUAUCCCAAAAAUUACAUCAAAAGUGUAUAUGAUAUUGUGAAGAAACAUGGUGGUCUAUUUGUUUCAGAUGAGGUUCAAACUGGUUUUGGCAGAACUGGUGACCAUUUCUGGGGUUUUGAGUCUCAUGGAAUCGUCCCUGAUAUAGUUACGAUGGCAAAAGGUAUUGGAAAUGGAUAUCCGCUAGCGGCUGUGGUAACUACUGAAGCUAUCGCAAGUGGUUUAUCUAAAGCUGGACAUUUCAAUACGUAUGGCGGAAAUCCUGUUGCUUGCACCAUAGGGUUGACAGUUCUAGAUAUCAUUCAAGAAGAGCAACUGCAGAAGAACUGUAAAGACGUUGGAACUUAUAUGCUACUAGCUUUAGCCAAGUUGAAAUCUGAGUACUCGAUCAUUGGAGAUGUGCGUGGUAAAGGUUUGAUGAUUGGAGUAGAAUUGGUUCAGGACCGCGAAACAAGGAAACCUCUGAAAGCUUCAGAUUUUAUGAAGAUCUGGGAACACACAAGAGAUCUCGGGCUGAUCAUUGGCAAAGGUGGACUUCAUGGAAAUGUCAUCAGAAUCAAACCUCCAAUGUGUGUUACUAAAGAAGAUGUGGAUUUUACUUUAGAAGUUCUAGCAAGUGCUUUCGAUUCGGUGAAAUGAAGGACUUCUCAUUGUAUUGAUCCAAUAUGAAUAUUUGAAACACAUACUAGGUUAAUAUUAGGAAAGUUCGUCUCUCAAUUGAAAAUUGUUACUUCGAUUUGUUAAAUUUAUUUAGAGUCCAAAUAAUGAAAUUGAAUCUGUAGGAGAGUGGAUGGUAUCUUCUCUUACCAGACACUAUUUUUAGCGCGAUACAAAAACUCAGUCAUUGAUCACCAGAUAAACCAGCGUCUCUUGAAGUAAUGGUAGGGGGAAUUUUCAAAAUGUCAACAAUUUUGUGAACUAUCUUUAUGAUGUCAUUGGAAGAAAAAUUACGUAUUUACAUUAUACUUUGUAAGAAUCUCACAGAUUGAUUUACAAAACCGCCACACGUGUCUCGCUAUAAAUAGCUUCUUUAGUGUUUUCAUACGUAUGUUCAUAUCCUCUGCUCAUAUCUCAACUGAGUUUUGAAUGUUAGGAGAACACAAAAAAGUCUCUUGUAACGGUAAUCACUUCAGAGAGAUACGUUUAGUUUUUAUUAUGAACUCUUCUAACUUUAACCCACUUACAUUUUAAAGAAAAGAGAAGCAACUGGCUUCAUCUAUUGAUUUCAUUGUUAAUAUGACAUAUAAUUACUGAAUAUAGAAUAUAAAUAAGAA